CGUUGGGCACCAAACCGGAAGUAAACAUCUGCUAGUUAAGACACUUCAUGUAGGAAAUGUAUUAAUCCAAAUUAAUAUAUCGACGCAAGUACUUAUAAUUGAAAAAAAAAAAUGGAUCGAUUCAUGUGGACCAAUGGACUCCUUGAAAUGAAUGAAACAUUAGUAAUCCAGCAGAGGGGGGUCAGACUAUAUGACGGAGACGACAAGGCGAAACUCGAUGUAGGAGUGGUCCUCCUGAGCACACAUCGACUAAUCUGGAGGGAUCAGAAGAAUCAUGAGUGCUGUAUAUGUAUACCGCUGUCUCAGAUCAUAUUCUUUGAGGAGCAGGCUGCAGGAAUUGGGAAGAGUGCCAAGAUUGUCAUUCACCUGCAUCCAGCUCCUGCUAAUAAAGAGCCUGGGCCAUACCAGAACAGCAAGUUCUCCUACAUUAAAUUAUCCUUUAAGGAACAUGGGCAAAUUGAGUUUUACAGACGUCUGACAGAGGAAAUGACUCAGAGGAGGUGGGAGAAUACGCCAGUGUCGCAGCCCAUUACACCAGCAGGACUGAAGGCAGGAAAAACACGUGCAGUAGGGAUUGUUGGCAUUGAGCGGAAGCUGGAGGAGAAGAGGAAAGAGACAGACAAAAACAUUUCAGAGGCUUUUGAAGAUCUCAGCAAGCUUAUGGAGAAGGCUAAAGAGAUGGUUGAGCUUUCCAGAUCCAUCGCCAACAAAAUCAAAGACAAACAGGGGGACAUCACUGAGGACGAGACUAUCCGCUUCAAGUCGUAUUUGUUAAGCAUGGGCAUCGCCAACCCCGUAACCAGGGAAACACACGGCUCAGGCACACACUACCACAUGCAGCUUGCUAAACAGCUAGGAGACAUGCUGCAGGCACCACUGGAGGAGCGAGGGGGUAUGAUGGCCCUCACAGAGGUCUACUGUCUAGUAAACCGAGCACGAGGGAUGGAGCUUCUUUCUCCUGAAGACAUGGUCAACGCCUGCAAGUUGUUUGAGUCUCUGAAACUCCCUCUCAGAUUGCGAGUGUUUGACAGUGGUGUAAUGGUGGUUCAGCUUCAAUCUCACAGUGAAGAAGAGAUGAUUGCAUCUGCUAUCGAUAAUGUGUCUGAGAAGGGCUCCUUAACAGCAGAGGAGUUUGCUAAACUCUUAGGACUGUCUGUUCUUCUUGCAAAAGAGAGACUGCUGCUGGCUGAGAAAAUGGGGCAUCUAUGCAGAGACGACUCUGUGGAAGGCCUGCGUUUUUAUCCCAACUUGUUCUGAUAUAGAAGUCUGACAAUCAGGAAUAGUUUAAUUUUUCUACUGGACUCAUUUUCUGCUGAUCACACAGUGCUCCAUACAGAGCAGAACUGUUCACUUUGUAGACUGGACUUGUGGACCUGCACUGCAGGAUGCUCAAUUAUCAACUGUGUAAUAACAGUGAGCAGUGUUAUUGGUGAAUGUUGGUUUUGAUUCUAAUUUUACUGUACUUAGUUCUGUAUAUUUGGGCAAGGGUUUAGAGGUGUCGUGCUUUUUCAUUGCUUUGGUUCAAACAAGUCUGUAAAAUGUAACUAUAAAACCCACUGAAUUAUGUACUAUAUAAUAUCUUAAGUCCUCUUUACUUAACAGUAAUUAUAAAUCUACCCCUGAUCAGCAAGGCCAUGACUGAGAGCCUCACUAAUGAAUCUAAAGGCGUGUAUAAGUUUCAGGUUUGGACUUCAACAUGCAGGCAUCCAAGAGACAAGUUCCAGUUCACAGAAAAUGUAUGGCUAGCUCCUGACACUGUUACUGAACAUGGGUGGUUACACACUAUAUAGCCAAAAGUUUGUGGACACUUGACAAUCCCACCCAUAUGUGCUUUUUGAACAUCCCAUUCCUGAUUGAGUCCCCCUUUUCUGUUUAAAUAACCUCCACUCUUCUGGGAAGGCUUUCCACUUUUUUUUUUUUUUUUUGGAACUUUUGGCUGUGGGGAUUUUUGCUCUUUCAGCAACAAGUGCGUUAGUGAGGUCAGGCACUGAUGUCAGGUGAGGAGACCUGGGGUGCAGUCGGCAUUCCAAUUCAUCCCAAUGGUGUUUGGUGGGGUUGAGGUCAGGGCUCUGUGCAGGCCUGAGCACUUCCAAACCAACCUUGGCAAACCAUUUAUUCAUGGAGCUCGCUUUUGCACGGGGCAUCGUCAUGCUGGAACAUGUUCGGGCCCCUUAGUUCCAGUGAAAGGAAAUCAUAAAGCUACAGCAUACAAAGACAUUCUAGACAACUGUGUCCUUCCAACUUUGUGGCAACAGUUUAGAGAAGAAGCACAUAUGUGUGUGAUGGUCAGGUGUCCACAAUCUUUUAGCCAUAUAGUGUAAGUUUAAUCCUACAUCUCAUUAUAAAUAAAGUGACAUUUCUUCCAGUGUUUGA